ACUACAGGCGCCGCCAACACGCCCGGGAGGCCGGGUGUGAGUAAUUUGUGAUUCCGCUACCAAGUUUGCGGGACGGAGGGGCGGGGCCUGAUCCUCAGCGCUGGCUUGGUGCCCUAUCGUCCCGGGCCUUCCGUGUGGUCUGCCAGGUGCUGGAGCUCUACGGCAAUGAGAUCAGCAGCAUGGAGUGUCUGUGUGCCUGCCCGCCCGCCGGCCUGCAGCACCUGGGGUUAGGCCACAACAAACUUCUAGGCCCCUUGGAAAGUCUCUACGUCACCGCUGAUCACUGGCCCAACCUCGUCUCCCUGGACCUGGGCUUCAAUGACCUGACAGACCUGCAGAGCAUGGUUGCCAGCCUGAGGACCCUCCGGCACCUGCGACUCCUGGUGCUGCAGGGAAACCCACUGGCCUUGGUGCCCUACUACCGCGGCCUCACCAUCGACAGCCUGGCCCAGCUCUGCGUGCUGGACGACAUCACCGUGUCUCCCAACGAGAAGCAUCUCUUCCGGGGGCUCAGCCUCAGUGGCGAUCUCUUGGCACAGGAGGCGCAGUUUGUGGUGACCAUCGGAAACCUCAGAGGAGUCCUGGACACCUCUGUCCUAGACCCGGAACCCGGGCCCGAAGGCCCUUUCGUCGCUUAUAGCUAUUACGUGACGUACGAUUUUGUGAGAGACGAAGAAGGUGAAGCGGAUGAGGACACGGGCGAGCUGGCCGAGAUCGUCAAGCCCUCUCCCAGCUUAGACUUAUUAGUUGAGGAAUCUCCUGAAGAGGUCGGUGAAGAUGUCAUCAAAGACCUUGUUGGAGGGGCCACUGAAGAGGUCGGAGGGUCUCUGGGGUCUGAGGCGGAGGAGUCAGGAGAGUCGGAGCUGUCUGUCAUCUCGGGGCCUUCGACCAUCUUGCAGACGCCGAGGGCCUCUGCAGAAGAGCUGGCCAAGUUGCGGCUGCGUAUAGAUCCCCGGCUCUGCCCGUCCCCAGGGACCGUCCUCUUCAGCACCACCCACAAGCCCUGGGCUGAGGUCAUCCCGUGCAGCUACGAGAUGCAGCACUCUCUCAGGGGCCUGGUGCCGCUGAAGGCCUUCCUGCUGGCAGGGACCACUGUGACCAUCGUGGAGGAGAAGAUUCUCUCCUGGCCUGUGGUGCUACCUGCUGUUGACAGUCCCCUGUCUGCCAAGAGAGGAAAGGGGGAGAAAAACAAGAAAGGGAAGGAGAAAGACAGGAAGGGGCAAGGAGAGAAAGAGCCGGCCAAGGAGUGGAAGGUGCCGAAGAAGAAGAAAGAGCCGCCCAAGGAGUUCCGGCAGGACCCCCCCAUCCUCCAGGUGCUGGGCCGGGGCCUGGUGAUCCUGGAGCCCCUGCUUGCUGGGGAGCCCCUGGUGUCCACUGUGUGCAACUUCGGCAUGGUCCGCACCUUGACAUCGGACAGGCUGACACUGGCCAGGGAUUCAAAGAAGAUUAAGAAAGUUGCCAAAAAAGAAAAGCCAAAAGCCGUGAAUCCGAUCUACGAAAGCGAUUACCACCCCGAGCCCCUGACGGUAGAGGUGCAGAUCCAGCUGAACCAGUGCCGCUCGGCGGCGGAGGCUCUGCGCAUGUUCGCCGUGUAGGGCGUGGGCAAUAAAGGCUGUUCCCAGCA